AGAUUCACAACCCGUGGCUUUGGGCUUUUCAAUGUUUAUUAUUCAUUUAGUUCUUCCUUCGUGCUUCCAUGGUGGGCAGGAACAGACGUGUCCCCCUGCGCGGCAAUGGGGGGCAGCUGGGGGGCUCCUCUCUGCUUGCCUCUCCUCUUCCAGCCGCACGCACAGGCAGCGAUGGGACCAAACUGGGGCACGCUCCUGGCCCCCUCAGCAGGGAGCUCUCGGAGCUCUGCAGGGCAGGCAGCACAGCCCCAGCCGGACCCCAGCACGCUCCCACAGCCGCCUGGCACGGCCCCGCAGCCCUGCGCACACACCUGGGCACCUUUUCCACCGCCCGGCCCGGGCCUGGGCUCCGCAUCCCCUGCUGCCACCCCCCAGUGACGCACUGCCCAUGUCACAGUAGGCAGGGGGUGCCCCAUGGCACAAAGGGGCGGGGACGCCCUUGGCCCCGGAACGCUGGCCCCAACGGCCACACAGGCCUGCGAUGGCUGCCCGUGCUGACGGGGAGGCUGCUCGGCUGCCUGCUCCUGCUGCUCCAGCCUCCGCUCUGGACACAAACUCAACCAGAGCAACUCAGCUCCUCUCUCCUCAGGCCCUCACCUCAAACGGCUCUCAGCACCCUACAGGACACCGACCGAACUAAACCACCGCACGCUCCUGGCCGCUCCUUUCCGGCACUGGGCCGCACAACUGUCCAUGCUCUCCAGGACAGGUAAGAUCGCCCCAACCCACACCCUACCACGCUCUCACAGCAAGCAGCCAGGUGACACGCUCGGGCCAGGACGGCAGUGACCGCUCCAUCAGGACGACGGGACACGGACAGCCUCGGUGAGACGCUAGAGACUCUUGGGCACAGAGGCAGGGGCUGCCCGUGGUCAUGGGCGGAUGCUGCUCCGUUUGGUGCUUCUCUUUCAGCCAGAAUCACACAGCGAUGGAACCAGACCACGGCACACUCCUGGCCUCACUGCCCUCGACCACUCAGCUGGAAGGAAGAGCUGCCAACGCUCUCCAGGACAGGUAAGAUCGCCCCAACCCACACCCUACCACGCUCUCACAGCAAGCAGCCAGGUGACACGAUCGGGCCAGGACGGCAGUGACCGCUCCAUCAGGACGACGGGACACGGACAGCCUCGCCAGAAUCACACAGCGAUGGGACCAGACCACGGCACAAUCCUGGCCUCUCUCCCCUUCAGAACUCAGCUGGAAAACCUGCCAACACUCUCCAGGACAGGUAAGAUCGCCCCAACCCACACCCACCACGCUCUCACAGCAAGCAGCCAGGUGACACGCUCGGACCAGGACGGCAGUGACCGCUCCAUCAGGACGACGGGACACGGACAGCCUCGCCAGAAUCACACAGCGAUGGGACCAGACCACGGCACAAUCCUGGCCUCUCUCCCCUUCAGAACUCAGCUGGAAAACCUGCCAACACUCUCCAGGACAGUGACCGCUCCAUCAGGACGACGGGACACGGACAGCCUCGGUGAGACGCUAGAGACUCUUGGGCACAGAGGCAGGGGCUGCCCGUGGCCAUGGGCGGAUGCUGCUCCGUUUGGUGCUUCUUCUCUUUCAGCCAGAAUCACACAGCGAUGGGACCAGACCACGGCACACUCCUGGCCUCACUGCCCUCGACCACUCAGCUGGAAGGAAGAGCUGCCAACGCUCUCCAGGACAGGUAAGAUCGCCCCAACCCACACCCACCACGGUCCACAGCAAGCAGCCAGCUGACACGAUCGGGCCAGGACGGCAGUGACCGCUCCAUCAGGACGACGGGAACACGGACGGAUGUGGUGAGACGCUCGAGACCCUCGCGCACAGAGGCAGGGCCUGCCCGUGGUCACAGGGGGAUGCUGCUCCGUUUGUUCCUUCUCUUAUUAAAGCCAGACACACACAGCGAUGGGACCAGACCAUGGCACACUCCUGGCCGCUCUCCCCUUGAGAACUCAGCGUGAAAGGAUGCCAACACUCUACACGACAGAUAAGCCACCCCCAACCCACACCCCACCACGGUCUCACAGCAUGCCAGAAGAUGACAUGGUUGGGCUAUGAGGGGCAUCUCCUGGCCGUCAGGGAGACGUGAGAUGGACGGCCUUGGAGUGAGGCUGGGAGAGCCUCACUCAGGGUGCAGGCGCUGACCCUGGCAACGGGCUGGGGCUGCUCUUUUUGGUCAUUUUCCUUUCUCACCCCAUCACAGAGCCCCGAGCACACCAACGUCUGCCACUGUCCUUUCCCUCCUCUGCCCUCUCCCUCCGCGGCCACUGACCUGAAGGCUGGUGCAGCUUUCUACAACCACAGCCACCGGAGGAGCAGGAAGCACACAAGGACCCCGUCCCUACCCGGCCAUGGUCCUACAAGCACACCAGCGGGGACCGCGGCUAUGGACAAAGAGAGCUCGGCACGCCCCCGCGCCACCCCACCCCACCCCACUCCUCUCUCAAACCUUGCUCAAAUAAAGGUUCUGAUUCAC